GGUGAUUAAGUACUCAUCAGCAAGAACAAGAACAAGAACAAUUAAAGAUCAAUUAUCUGAAGAAAUAAAAAUUAUGGAAGUGGGAAAUAAAAUGAGCAGCAUGGUAACAAGUAAAUAUUACACAGCAGAAGAAGAAGAAGAGGAGGAUGACGUGGCACUUCCAGGAUUUAGAUUUCAUCCAACAGAUGAAGAGCUAGUAGGGUUUUAUCUAAGGAGGAAAGUUGAGAAAAGGCCAAUCAAUAUUGAACUCAUCAAACACAUUGAUAUAUACAAAUAUGAACCUUGGGAUCUCCCCAAGUCGAGCAACAUGGGAGAAAAGGAAUGGUACUUUUUUUGCAAAAGAGGGAGAAAAUACAGGAAUAGUGUUAGGCCAAAUAGGGUGACUGGUUGUGGAUUCUGGAAGGCUACUGGUAUUGAUAAACCUAUUUAUAAUUCUAGUGCUCGUCAUGAAUGCAUUGGGUUGAAGAAAUCAUUGGUUUAUUAUCGAGGGAGUGCUGGAAAAGGCACAAAAAGUGAUUGGAUGAUGCACGAGUUUCGACUUCCUGCUGAAAAUGAAAAAUCCACUAAACACAUUGAAGCUAAAAGCAUUGCUCAAGAAGCUGAAGUUUGGACUCUCUGCAGAAUCUUUAAGCGAAACGGUUCAUAUAAGAAUAAGUGUCUAUCUGCAGAAUGGGGAAUAGAAAAGCGAAGCCCAGUAGUUGACACAAUAAGUUCACAAACAUGCAGCGCCAACUCUUCUUCGGAUUAUAUAAUAAGCUUUGGUGCUCCAAUUGUCGAGCACAAUAAUAUUACAAAUGAAACCAAACGCGGACAUGUUCAUCAAGACAUGAUAUCAACAAAUAAUAAUAAUAAUAAUAACAAGCAGCUACUACGGAGCUCAUCAUCAAUACUGUGUACUCAAGCACCUUCAUCGGAAAUGAACUUUGACUUUUUGUUAAAGAAUGGAGAUUAUUGGGAUGAACUUAGAUCUAUUUUAGACCUCGAUCACUAUUGA